AUGAGAAGGUCACAUCCGUCAAGGGGGGAUGUCAGUGCUGCCUUUCUGGGACUGGAAGAGUGAAAAGAAGAAAGGACAAGAAUUAUUUGUGACAGGCUGCUUUUGACUACUGAAACGAUCUGCUAUACCCUGGUGGUGGUGGUGGAAGAACAGGACAGUCUCUCCUGCUUGGUUCUGUGGUAUCACCACAGUGGGGUCACGAUGAAUGUGACAAGUUUAUUCUCCUUCACCAGUCCAGCAGUGAAGAGGCUGUUGGGAUGGAAGCAGGGGGAUGAAGAAGAAAAAUGGGCAGAGAAAGCUGUUGAUGCUUUAGUGAAAAAACUGAAGAAGAAAAAAGGUGCUAUGGAGGAGCUGGAAAAAGCAUUAAGCUGUCCUGGUCAGCCCAGCAACUGUGUCACAAUUCCUCGUUCCUUGGAUGGCCGGCUUCAGGUUUCGCACCGGAAAGGGCUACCGCAUGUAAUUUACUGUAGAGUGUGGCGCUGGCCGGACCUGCAGAGCCAUCAUGAACUGAAACCACUGGAAUGCUGCGAGUUUCCCUUUGGUUCAAAGCAGAAGGAGGUUUGCAUCAAUCCCUACCACUACAAGCGGGUAGAGAGUCCUGUCCUUCCUCCGGUGCUGGUUCCAAGGCACAGCGAGUACAACCCUCAGCACAGCCUCUUGGCCCAGUUCCGCAACCUGGGGCAAAACGAGCCCCACAUGCCGCACAACGCUACUUUCCCAGACUCUUUUCAGCAACCCAAUAGUCACCCGUUCCCCCACUCGCCCAACAGCAGCUAUCCAAACUCACCUGGAAGCAGCAGUAGCACCUACCCACAUUCUCCAGCCAGCUCAGACCCAGGAAGUCCUUUCCAGAUGCCAGCGGAUACUCCCCCUCCUGCUUACCUGCCUCCGGAAGAUCAGAUGACACACGAUACCUCCCAGCCUAUGGAUACCAACAUGAUGGCACCUGCAAUUCCCCCUGACAUACACAGAGGAGACGUUCAGGCAGUUGCUUACGAAGAGCCGAAGCACUGGUGCUCCAUUGUCUACUAUGAGCUGAAUAAUCGCGUCGGGGAGGCGUUCCAUGCUUCUUCCACCAGCAUCCUUGUGGAUGGCUUCACUGAUCCUUCAAACAACAAGAACAGAUUUUGCCUGGGGCUGCUCUCAAAUGUUAACCGCAACUCCACCAUUGAGAACACUAGGCGACAUAUUGGCAAAGGUGUUCAUCUCUAUUAUGUUGGUGGGGAAGUAUAUGCUGAAUGUCUUAGUGACAGCAGUAUUUUUGUACAAAGUCGUAACUGCAACUACCAUCAUGGGUUCCAUCCCACCACAGUCUGCAAAAUCCCCAGUGGCUGCAGUUUGAAGAUUUUUAAUAAUCAAGAGUUUGCUCAGCUUUUGGCUCAGUCAGUGAACCAUGGCUUUGAGACAGUGUAUGAGCUUACGAAGAUGUGCACUCUCCGUAUGAGUUUUGUAAAGGGUUGGGGAGCUGAAUAUCAUCGCCAAGAUGUAACGAGCACUCCAUGCUGGAUAGAGAUACAUCUUCACGGUCCCCUUCAGUGGCUGGAUAAAGUACUUACUCAGAUGGGCUCUCCUCAUAAUCCUAUAUCUUCAGUGUCUUAAAAGGUCCCAAGCUUCUGCAUUUUGGAAACAACUGAGCCCUGCAUGUACUUGAAGGAUGUAUGAGUCAGACAGACACAUCCCCCCCCCGCCCUGAACUGGCAACAGCAGAAUAAGAGCCAUGAAAAUGCUUGACUUCUGUGACCAACUGUUGGAUUCAGAAAAAAAAUAAAUAACCCCCUUUGACGUACUGUUGGUAUCAAGAAUUUUAGUUUGCAUUGUAAUAUACUAUUGCAAUGUUGAUUUGCAGGGCUUAAUGCGACGGAGAUGACUGAGCCAAAACCACAAUCUGUCGGACCGUGUUUGCAAAGGAUCUUCCUGUAGCUGGCACUCUGAGAUUCUCUUUCUUCCUUACGUUCAGUGCUCGCUGUUUUCCAUGUGUCCUCUGGGGCUAAGAGCCAACGUUGGUGAAGUCUGCUUUUUGCAGGCUCUGUGCAGUACAUUUGAAAACCAUUUGUGCAAGUUGAUGGUUGCUGCUCUCUUUAAGAGGGGAAAAAAAAAGAAGUAAUAAGGUUUAAUCUCAAUAACUGUGUAACAAUCUUUGAAAUUGUGUCCUGACCAUACUGCUGUAAGAAUGUUAGGUAUGUUUUUUGCUAAAUGUAUGUAUUGUGUAUUUGAAAGUUUAGAAAUUAAUUAGAUUUAGACCAUAAAGGAAUUAGAAAUAUUUGAAUUUGGGGAGGUGGGAGUGGGAAGGCAAAAUGACAACCAAAAUGUAGAAUAUAUUGUAAACUUAGCUUUUUAGUUUAAACUGAGGUCUGAGUUUUGCUGUGCAUUUCAUUUUUAUAGUGGCUUCUUGUUAAUCCUGACUAUUUUUGACUCUUCAUUUUUCCCCAAAACAAUUGUGCAGCUGGUUAAUUCUUUUACCUGUGAAGAGGACAAAACAAUUAAUUCCUGCAGUUGUAAGGCUGCAGCUCUAUGUAUUUUAAGACAAAAUUGUACAGAGUGCUCUUUAACUAUUGAGCAGUUUUAUACAGUUUAUGUAACAGAAGUAGGCUUUUAAUUUUGUAAGAGAAUCUUGUUUUGCCAAACCUAGUAACUGUUAAUUGUUUGGAGGACUUCAAAAUCCCUAUGUGGGUCUAUUUCAAACUUCAAAAAAUAUAUAUUUUUAAUUUUUACUUUUUU